AUGGUCAAGAGCAGCAAUAUAGCAAUCCACAGCCAUGUGAGGUCUCUUGGGCUAGACGACUGUGGAAACCCUGUUGAAAAGCCAGAUGCAGUGAUUGGACAGGAGAAUGCCAGGGAAGCAGCCGGCCUUAUAGUAGAGAUGGUUAGGACAAAGAGGAUGUCUGGGAGGGCAGUGCUUAUAUCUGGGCCUGUGGGAAGUGGAAAGACAGCUCUUGCUGUAGGGAUCAGUGAGGAGCUCGGUGCUGGAACGCCGUUUACCUCGAUGAGCGGCAGCGAGGUGUACUCCAACGAGGUGAAGAAGACCGAGGUUCUUGAGGAAGCGCUGAGAAGAUCGAUUUUGGUGCGGAUGAGGGAGUUGAAAGAUGUCUAUGAGGGGGAGGUUGUUGAGCUUCGGAUUGUGGACGAAGAAAACCCGCUGAGCUCCUACCCGAAGAGGAUCAAGGAGAUGUUUGUUAUCCUGAAGACAAGCAAGGAGUCGAAAAAGCUCAAGCUUGCACCGUCCCUGUACGAGCAGAUAGACAAGCAGAGGAUUGUCAACGGAGAUGUUGUGUACAUCGAGGUCAACUCCGGGGUUAUCAAGAAGCUGGGCAGGAGCGAGGCUCAUAUGAACGAUUUCGAUCUUGAGGCUGACACAUAUGUCCCGAUUCCUAAGGGAGAGGUUUUGAAGAGGAAGGAGGUGAUGCAAUCUGUAACAUUGCAUGACCUAGACAUGGCAAAUGCAAGGCCUUCUGGGCAGGACAUGCUUUCCCUUGUUUUCCGAAUACUGAGCCCCAGAAAGACGGAGAUAACAGAAAGGUUGCGGGGUGAUGUCAACAGGAUGGUGAAUGGAUAUCUGGAGAAUGGCAAUGCCGAGAUUGUCCCUGGGGUUCUUUUCAUCGACGAGGUCCAUAUGCUUGAUGUUGAGUGCUUCACCUUUCUCCACAAGGUCAUUGAAUCUCCUCUCAGCCCGACGAUAAUAUUUGCCUCCAACAAGGGAAUGGCACCCAUAAAGGGGAGCGACGGACUCCUCGGGCCCUUCGGAAUCACUAAGGACCUUCUUGACAGGAUUGUGAUUAUCAGUGUGAAGAGAAAUCCGGAUGAGGCCAACCGAGAAAUUAUCAGGAGGAGGAUGAAGGAAGAGGGGUUGGAGAUGGACGACGAUGCAUUUGGAUUUUUUGUGGGCCUGAGCACCUCGAGGAGCCUACGAUAUUGCAUAAGCCUUAUUCCUCUCCUGAAGACAUAUGGGGGAUGUGUCAGCGUCCGAAAUGUAGAGGAGGUGGCAGAGCUAUUCCACGACAGUUGA